AGGCUGGGAGCACGACUGCUCGCAGUCGCAGACCGCAGCACCAAGCAAGUCAGUCAGCUGACGUCACCACACCUACAGCAUUAUUUCCAGAGUAACCCGAGGUAUUAUGUCCGCACUUAAGCCAAGUACCGUUCUACGUCUCCGUUCUCCCUUGGCAUUGUGUGUAAGGACCAUGUCAAAGGGCGAACCAGGCUCAGGGGCUGGACAGGGUGGUGGUACCGGCGGCACCAUCAGGGACGCCGGCGGCUCCUUCGGCAAGAGGGAGGCAGCGAUGGAGGACCAGUAUUUUAAGAAGCUUGAAGCAGAACAGCUGGAGAAAAUAAGGAAGGGCCUUAAACAAGAAGUGGAUUUUCACAAAAAGCAAAUCAAAGCUCAUGAGGAGGCCCUUAAGAGGCACAAGGAACGUCUAGAUGAGCUUGAUUAAGUAGUUAAUAAAUGUUCAUUUCUUGCCUUGGUUUGUAUGGAAUAUUAAAUUUUGGAUCUGUCUUAGGAAAAGAUAUGGGUGAUAAGUACUUACUGGUGAUAUAAUUAUAAUCUAUAAAAAUUUUUGUGAUAUGUAUAUAAGGCACUGUAGCAUAGGAAUGAUAUGCCUCUACCUUGAUAAUGGAAAGUAACCAUGUUCAUUGAUUUGAAGAAUCUUGACAUAUAUAGAUGUACAGUUACUGCAAGAAAAUAUAUUAUAUACAUACUUAA